UUUUUUAAUUUAUUAUAUCCAGCACCGUGGAAGAUGCAAGUUUCCAGACGUCAAUCAAGUGUUUUGAGCCAAUCAUGGCCGCACCUGGCAACUUGCAGAUUCAUUGUAACUCAGACGCGCACCAGGCUCCAACCAGAUUGACAGGGCGAUUUGACCAGUCAAAACUCAGAUUGCAGGGGCUUCGUUCCGCCGUGAUCCUGCCUUCUUUUUCGGCUCAAGGGCGGAGCGGUGGCGUGGGCGCCCGUAAGAAUUGAAAUAGACUGACGCGGGAAUUGGCCAAUAGGAAAAUAGUUCAGCCGUCGCUAAAGUCCGCUCAGCCAAUGGGCGGGGGGCAUGGGCGUGACGUUGGUCCAAACUUUCCGCGGCGCCAUCGGCUGAAAACUAAACCGAGAUGGAAUCUCCCAGUCUGAACCGGUUUCAACCGGUUAUGAGUUUGUUGCUUGAGAGCAGAAGAAGCGCAGAGCUUACAGUCUCUUAAACCGCCCCGCUGCAUAAAACAUUUCAGAGAAUAGAACAAAACUGUAAUCUGGAGAGUAUUUUGUUUCGUAAAAUGAACCGGAAUAACAAAUUACUUAGCGUGCCGUGAAUAUUGCAGGAGAACCCACAUAAGUGGUUCUUAAUCUCAGUACUCAUUCUGUGGAAUAGUGUAUAGAAAUUCUUACCACGGUAUUUAAUCAUUUUUCUAGAUUCUCUGGCUAAAAAGCCACACGUAUUUCAGUCUAAGCCUUGGAUUUAGCGAUUUACCAGGUAAUUGUGGUUUUUCUGUGCCAGUCACUGAAAAUAUUGGGUUCACAAAUUUGCAGAAUAAUAAAAAGAAACUUACUGUAAUUCACUGGUGGAAUUAAAAACCAAAAGGAGGGGACAGUGAUUUAAAACGUAGUACUCUAUGCCAGCAAUUAUGACAAUGUUAGCAGACCAUGCAGCUCGCCAGCUGCUGGAUUUCAGCCAGAAACUGGAUAUCAACCUAUUGGACAGUGUGGUGAAUUGUUUGUACCAUGGUGAAGGGCCACAGCAAAGAAUGGCACAAGAGGUGUUGACCCAUUUGAAAGAACAUCCAGAUGCUUGGACAAGAGUCGACACUAUUUUGGAGUUUUCCCAAAAUAUGAACACCAAGUACUAUGCACUGCAAAUCCUGGAAACGGUUAUUAAAACAAGAUGGAAAAUUCUACCACGAAAUCAAUGUGAAGGAAUCAAAAAAUAUGUUGUUGGUCUCAUUAUCAAGACUUCAUCUGAUGCGACAAAUGUAGAGAAAGAGAAGGUGUACAUUGGAAAACUGAAUAUGAUCCUGGUCCAGAUACUGAAACAGGAAUGGCCUAAACAUUGGCCAACAUUCAUAAGUGACAUUGUGGGAGCAAGUAGGACCAGUGAAAGCCUGUGUCAGAACAACAUGAUCAUUCUCAAACUUUUAAGUGAAGAGGUCUUUGAUUUCUCCAGUGGGCAGAUGACACAAGUGAAAGCAAAGCAUUUGAAAGACAGUAUGUGCAAUGAGUUCUCACAGAUAUUCCAACUCUGCCAGUUUGUUAUGGAAAACUCCCAGAAUGCUCCACUUGUACAUGCAACCUUGGAGACGUUACUCAGAUUUCUAAACUGGAUUCCACUGGGAUAUAUAUUUGAGACAAAACUCAUAAGUACACUUGUAUACAAGUUUUUAAACGUCCCAAUGUUCCGAAACGUGACUUUGAAGUGCCUGACAGAGAUUGCAGGUGUGAGUGUCAGUCAGUAUGAAGAGCAGUUUGUUACUCUCUUUACUCUGACAAUGAUGCAGCUCAAACAAAUGCUUCCUUUAAACACCAAUAUCAGAUUGGCAUAUUCCAAUGGAAAAGAUGAUGAGCAGAACUUCAUACAGAAUCUAAGCUUGUUUCUCUGUACGUUUUUGAAAGAACAUGGGCAAUUGAUUGAAAAAAGAUUAAAUCUAAGGGAAACGCUAAUGGAGGCUCUUCAUUACAUGUUGUUGGUAUCGGAAGUGGAGGAAACAGAAAUUUUCAAAAUUUGUCUUGAGUAUUGGAACCACUUAGCAGCUGAGCUUUAUAGGGAAAGCCCAUUCUCAACAACAACAUCUCCACUGCUGUCCGGAAGCCAGCACUUUGAUGUUCCUCCUCGAAGGCAGCUUUAUUUACCUGUGUUAUCCAAAGUUCGUCUGCUUAUGGUGAGCCGAAUGGCAAAACCAGAAGAAGUUUUGGUUGUGGAGAAUGACCAGGGAGAAGUUGUCAGAGAAUUCAUGAAAGAUACAGAUUCAAUCAACUUGUACAAAAAUAUGAGAGAGACCCUUGUGUACCUUACACAUUUAGACUACGCAGAUACAGAGCGCAUAAUGACAGAGAAACUUCACAAUCAAGUAAAUGGUACAGAAUGGUCUUGGAAAAACCUUAAUACCCUGUGUUGGGCUAUUGGCUCAAUCAGUGGAGCAAUGCAUGAAGAAGAUGAAAAAAGAUUCUUGGUCACUGUUAUUAAGGAUUUACUGGGUCUUUGUGAACAAAAGAGGGGAAAGGACAACAAAGCAAUCAUUGCAUCUAAUAUCAUGUACAUUGUGGGCCAGUACCCACGAUUCCUCAGAGCUCACUGGAAAUUUUUGAAAACUGUGGUCAACAAACUGUUUGAGUUCAUGCAUGAAACCCAUGAUGGUGUACAGGACAUGGCAUGUGACACAUUCAUUAAAAUAGCACAGAAAUGCCGGAGACAUUUUGUUCAGGUGCAGGUUGGAGAGGUAAUGCCCUUUAUUGAUGAAAUUCUGAACAACAUCAACACGAUCAUCUGUGAUCUUCAACCACAGCAGGUGCAUACUUUCUAUGAAGCUGUUGGUUAUAUGAUUGGGGCACAGACUGAUCAAGCAGUGCAAGAGCAUUUGAUAGAAAAAUACAUGCUGUUGCCUAACCAAGUGUGGGAUAGCAUUAUUCAGCAAGCAACCAAAAAUGUAGACAUUCUGAAGGAUCCGGAAACAGUGAAACAGCUUGGCAGCAUCCUGAAAACGAAUGUGAGAGCUUGUAAAGCUGUGGGACAUCCAUUUGUCAUUCAGCUUGGGAGAAUCUACUUGGAUAUGCUGAAUGUGUACAAGUGCCUCAGUGAAAACAUCUCUGCUGCAAUUCAGACAAACGGAGAGAUGGUAACAAAGCAGCCUUUGAUAAGAAGUAUGAGAACGGUGAAAAGGGAAACACUGAAAUUAAUUUCAGGUUGGGUCAGUCGUUCUAAUGAUCCACAAAUGGUGGCAGAGAACUUUGUACCUCCACUUCUUGAUGCUGUGUUGAUUGAUUACCAGAGAAAUGUUCCAGCAGCCAGAGAACCUGAAGUACUCAGUACAAUGGCUACAAUUGUGAAUAAAUUGGGAGGACACAUCACAGUUGAAAUUCCUCAAAUCUUUGACGCAGUAUUUGAAUGUACUUUAAAUAUGAUAAACAAAGACUUUGAGGAAUAUCCUGAGCACCGAACACAUUUCUUUUAUCUGCUACAAGCAGUCAACUCGCACUGUUUCCCAGCAUUCCUGGCCAUUCCUCCUGCACAGUUCAAAUUGGUAUUGGAUUCCAUUAUCUGGGCUUUCAAGCAUACCAUGCGAAAUGUGGCUGAUACAGGUUUGCAGAUUCUGUAUACUCUUUUACAAAAUGUUGCCCAGGAAGAAGCUGCAGCCCAAAGUUUCUACCAGACAUAUUUCUGUGACAUAUUGCAGCACAUCUUCUCCGUAGUAACAGAUACAUCCCAUACUGCUGGUUUAACAAUGCAUGCAUCGAUCCUUGCAUACAUGUUCAAUUUGGUGGAAGAAGGUAAAAUUAAUGCAGCAUUAAAUCCUACAAAUCCGGUCAACAACCAGGUGUUCAUUCAAGAGUAUGUGGCCAACCUUCUGAAAACCGCCUUCCCACAUUUGCAAGAUGCCCAAGUGAAAGUGUUUGUAACAGGAUUGUUCAGCUUAAAUCAAGAUAUCCCUGCCUUCAAAGAACACCUGCGGGAUUUCCUGGUACAAAUUAAGGAAUUUGCUGGUGAAGAUACCACAGACUUGUUCUUGGAAGAAAGAGAAGCAUCGCUUCGGCAAGCCCAGGAAGAGAAACACAAACUUCAGAUGUCCGUUCCUGGAAUCUUAAAUCCACACGAAAUCCCAGAAGAAAUGUGUGACUGAAAAUUGAUGCUGCUUACUGAAGUGAACAGCGCUUUGGGUACUUGUUGACCAAAACAAUGCCAAUAUGUAAAUUAUACAGUGUCACCUAGUGGCCCUUUUUACAUAGUAUGCGUUUUGUAUGAGAUCUUUUGCGUAAUAUCUUUCCAUUGUUAAUUCAAGUUUGUUUGGUCAUCUUUAUUUAGAUCUGCAUGAGAUUGUAAGAAUUAAAACAUUUUAAGUAUUUUCUUGCCCAUCAGUUUGUCAGAGGCAAGAGAAACAGAUUUAUGUAAACUUCUACGUGUAAAGUCUACUGCAGAAAGGCUUCUAGAAUCGUUCUGUUGCAGAUACAAAUGUAUUCAAUCUAGGGGAUGCUGCAGUAAUGUGGCAUGCCUGUACUCUGCAGCAUAUGACAAAUAUUGCAAGUUAGAGGAUUAUAAUUGAGGACGAAGAUGCUGCUUUUGUCAGACAAUGUAGGUUAAAGUUUGGGUCAUGGUUGUGCUUGACUAAACUAUCGCAGUUUGUGGCUAGACAUGAAUUUUGCAGCAAGAUUAUGUGCAUAUCAUCCUAUUGUAAAGCAUCUUUAAUAACACGGGAACACAAAAGUUGGUUAUUUUUACAGAUUUUUUUUGGUGUGUGUGUGUGCUGUCGCUCUGCCGACAACAGCUUUUUGUUUUCCUCAAUGAGGAGCAUUGCUCAUUUGUGAGCCUUCAUUAAAUCGAAGUUAAAAGUGGUUAAAAAUAUUUAUCGGUUAGCAUAGGCUGCAUCUUUAUAACUCAUGUUAAUUCAGAUGGCUUUUGAGACAAAUUGUACUAAUUUACAUUGUUUACCAUGCUGUAGUGCUUCAAGAACACUACUUAAGAGCAAAAUAAACUGGUUUACAUUUAAUUUUGUAUUUUUGCAUUUUCAUUUUUAUCUUGAAAUUCUAUCCAAAUAACCAAAAGGCUUUUAUUCAGAGAAUUGACAAUUGCCAACAGUAUAAUUAGAAGAAGAAUGUAUAAGUCCAAAUAUUGAGAAUUACUGGCUAUAACUCCCUUCUAAGUGUUACAUUUGUUGUGAACCUUUUUGAAACCGAUUAAAGUUGAGAGAAUUUUAUAA